AUGGCUCAGACGGGAGCGAUGACAACAGAAGGGGCAAGCGACCGCUACCCAAAGAUGCGGACGAGCGGCCUCGGAAGCGGAGGAAAAAGGCAGACGAGCAGGCGCAAGAGAGCAGUGACAAGACAGCUGGGAGCGAAAAAGAAGCGCAAGGGUCUUCUGCCGGACUACGAAUCUGAAGAGCCAAUACAGCCUGUGAGGCCAGGACAAAACAACACGGAUGUCUUCGAGCAGCUCAGACCCGAUCUCUCCGGUGCAGAUCUCGUGACGUUGAACGAUCUCCAAAUCGGUAAUUCAUCGCAACACUUCCAGGAUUAUCUUGAAGACAUAUUUUCAGAGAAUAGGCCUAAAGACGCAACAUACGCCACAAAAGCGAUCAACAUAGUCAAGCAGUUGUCUGAGAUAUAUGGAACUGGGAGACUCUGGGCCGAUGCUGGCGACAUCGAGAACUACGUCACCUUUGGCAUCGAUGAGGAUGAAAUUUGGGAAGACUUGUACGAAGAGGAAGAGGAAGAUCCUGAAAGUGAGUUUGCAGACAUAUCUAACCCAACUGGACCUCGAUGGGAUCGUCAGUGGUCGCGUGUCGCAAUCGAACUGGAUUGCGUCAACGAACUCAAGGGACUUUACAUCAGGGCGAAGCGUGUCGCACAAGUGCCUGCGGUAGGCGAGGAUCUCAGCAUCACAAUCGACGAUAUAGCAGAUCGUUCUACUAAUCGUUAUCUGUCUGAGCUGGAAAGUCUCAUCAAGAACUAUGAGUGGCGUGCAACAGUGAGCAGAUGGGAAAGCUACAAAAACCUCUUUCAUAACACCGAAGACAGCGCUGGACAACUGGCUGCACAGCUGGAAAUGAAGCUUACAGAAAUGGACCAGGCAUACCAAUCUGCAUCCAAAGACGUCGACCCAAGAGAAGAGUUCUGGAAUGUCGCGUGGGAGUGGCUUUCAAAGAAAGCAAAGAACGAAAUUCAGAACAGGAAAGCCGAGACCAUGAGGGCAAAGAAUCGAUUCGAUGAUCUCUUCGCACUGGUCAUGACCUUGCAGAAUGAGAGACAACUCGUGCGAGCGCCUGCGUGGCCGGAGAAGAUGUCUGUUGAGGCCUACUGCGAGGAAAUCAGCAAGACCAUCGACGAUCAUCGCAAAAGAAGUCUGCGCGACGCACGCAAAGCAUGGGAACAUGCCAUCGCUGUCAAUAAAGCUCUGGAGAACCAUGAGCGAGUGUCCGAGCUGGAGCGUGGUUUGGAAGAGAUUGAAUGGCGUGUUGAGUCAGGAGGGCAGCCUUUCACCAUCAAGGACUGGGACAAUUCUGAUCUUCCCGAGUUUGUCCCAGCCUCGAAAGAUCCCGCUGAGAUGGCCCAAGCCAUUGGCGUUGAUAGCGAUAGAGCAGCAUUCCCAGAGCAAGGGACGUGGGAGUUCUCCAACAUGCUCGGAUCGGGUACGUAUGGAAACGUAUCUCUCUGGACGAGGAAAGAUGAAAGCGGUAGCAUCACUGGUCGCACUGCCAUCAAAGAAGCAUAUCUCGGCCCCAGGCCUGGAAAAUCCAAAGAUUCAUGGAACAACGCACGCUUCUGGUGUCAUCCGAUGAGUAUUCGAUAUCCGAUGGAAGCAGGAAUCAUGCGUCGUCUGAACGAUCUCCAACAUUCCGAAAGCAUCGUACAAAAUCUCGCCUACGCUUCCUACGACGCAAAAAAGAUGUUCCGACUCUACCUAGAAUUCUGCGAGCACGGCGACCUCAACGAACUCAUCAAAGCCUACGCCAAAGCCGAACAUCCCAUCCCCGUCCGAGUCCUCUGGUCAAUUUUCGAAUCCCUCGCCGCAGCUCUCUGCUUAAUGGAGACCGGCCACCUCCCAACCCUCACCCUUCCCCCCAACCCCUGGACCCCAAUCCUCCAUCUCGACAUCAAACCCCACAACAUCUUCCUAAAACAACGAAAACCCCCCACGACCUCCUGGCCCAACACUCCCCAAACCGUCCUCGGCGAUUUCGGCCUCGCGCAGCAGUCCACGAAACCCAUAGGCCCCGGCCAAGGCACGCGAGGUUACCGAUCCCCUGAACAACAACUCUACGACGACGCCCACCCACGCUCUGGUGAGAAACUCGUCACGACGAAAUCUGACGUUUGGGUCGUGGGGAGAGUGAUGCUCACGUUGAUGGAACGCGAGACACGAAAUCAAAAUCUUUUGGAUUUUACGUUCGAUGAUGCGGAGGAUGUGCCGAGGAUCGACCCGGAGGUUUAUGAGUAUUAUACGCAGAGGGAUGCGAGGCUGGUGGAGGUUGUGAUUUUGUGUCUGCUUAAGGAUCCGAGGAAUAGGGUUGGGAGUGAGCAGUUGUUUUCUUUGGUGAGGGAGGAGGUUACGAGGGUGAGGGAUGGGGGCUGGAAGAUGAUGGAGAAGGAGGAGGGGGAGGUUGUGUCGUUGGGGUUGGUUUAUGAGGAUGUCUAUGAGGUUCGCCACGAACGAAUUGGCCUCGAAGCCUCCAUAUCUGGCCUUCGAUCUCUGACGGAUUCCAUCCACUCUCAACUUCGGGAAGUCAGAUCAGUCGACGGAAAUCAGACAGGGCUAUUCGCAGACCUGACCCACGAGGUGACAGCUUCGAAGACCAGUCUGGAUGCGUUCAAUUACAAGUCGUCGUGGCUUCACACCUCACCAGAACAGGCCGCUCUUGUCAAGAUUGAUCGGCUGGUAAUACUGCUCGCCAACGCCGUUGUGUUGUUCGACAGAUUUCGUAGCAAUCUGGACGAGAUCAAUGCGAUACAUUCAGCAGGUGAACAUGAAGAAGAGAUUGAUGUUGGUGCACUUGUGAAACAGGGCAAGGCUGGCUGGACGCAAUUGAGCGAUGAGCAAAUCACCACUGUCGCAAAUCAACUAAUGCAGAAGGGCGGAUUCCACACCAUCCCUUCAAAACGAAUACGAAAAGAGACAACAAGCACAAUCCAGAAUCAGAACACUCACCCAGCUCUUCUUGCCUCAGGCACGAAAAAUCGUGGUGGCAGUGCACCAACCUUCAGCCGCACCACAGCCCAAACAAACCGAAGCUACCAAUCCUUCACUACAUCAUAA